UUCCCUUUUUAUAAGCACUGCUUCGAAGUCGCACUGCUAAAUAAGCAGAAUGCAUUUUUGCCACUAAAGUAACUUAAUGACUGCGAAUUCAAAAGCGAAAUAACCUGCGUUGCCUUUUUUAAAGGACAUCGUAACAUUCUGAAGGUCAACGCCAUCGAUUCGAUGUACACUUCAUCUGCAGUUGGAAUUUGUGCAAGAAAAACAGAUUUUGUGCCCCCGUUGCCACAAAUGCUCUAGACGUGCGGAGAAACUGCACACGACUGGAACAAUCUCUGCCGUUAACCUGUUAGGACACGACUAAUUGCAACUGGUUAAAUGGCAUUUGUGUGCUAGGCUAGCUUUCGAGAGGUGCGAGGACGUCACAAGGCGCUAAAAGACGUCUUCUGUUCAAGAGGUUUGGCAGCACAGGCUCACCGCUGACAAUGGCGACACGAGCGAGGAUACUGACGCUGAUCCUGAUGGGUGCGCUAGGCACCGUGGCCGAGCGCUUUCUAAUUGGUCUGCAGGCCCCUCGGGCUCUCUCCAACCCAUUCAGCGUGAUGCGACUCGGGGCGGCCUUGCAGAUCGCGUUCGAUUCCCUCAACUCGAACCCCACCUUCAUGCCCAACCACACGUUCGCGUUCACGUACGCCGACUGCGCGUGCGACGCCAAGGUGUCCCUCGACUCCUUUGUGACACAGGUGCGAGAGAAGGGCAUCAUCGCGCUCCUGGGACCGGUGUGUGCCGAGGCGUCCGAGGUGACUGGCCUCCUGGCCGCUAAGUGGAACGUGCCGAUGCUGGGUUUCGUGGGCCACACCCAGCGCAUGGACAGCUCCGCCGUCUACGACACGUACGUCCGCAUCAUGUCACCACUGCAGCGCAUGGGCCAGAUGCUGGAGGCCACCAUGCGCCACUUUGGGUGGACGCGAGCCGCGAUGCUGGGUGGCACGGCUCAGAACAGCACGUGGGCCAACAUUGACGAGCUGUGGGCGAGCGUGGAGCGGGAGUUGGCGCGCUCCGUCACCAUCACGGCGCGCAUCAAGUACGACACGUCCAACACUGUCCUUCACCGACAGAACCUGCUGGAUAUUUCCACAAAAGCCAGGAUUGUGAUCCUGAUAUGCGGAUCGGAAGAGGCUCGAGAGGUCCUUCUGGAGGCCCAGUCUCUGGGACUUGCCAUGGGAAAAUUCAUCUUCCUGGUUGUGCAGCAAUUUGAGGAUAGCUUCUGGAAGUCGGUGGCAGCCGAUCGGAUGGACACACAGACUCUGCAGGCGCUGGAACCCGUGAUGCUCUUCACGAUCAAGGCGUACGGCUCUUCCGACUACGAGAUCUUCCUGCAGGAGGUGCGGCGCCGUCUCCUCGGGCCGCCCUUUUACAGCAACCUGACGAGCGACAAGGAGGUGAGCCCUUACGCCGCGUACCUGCACGACGCAGCCGUCCUGUACGCCAUGGCCGUACGCGAGUUGCUGAGGCAUGGCGGCAACCCCCGCGACGGGCGGGCGAUUGUCAGGACCAUCAAGGGCUCCACCAAGGUCAAGUUCUAUGGUGUGUCGGGACAGGUAAACAUUGAUGUUAACGGAGAGCGCUUCCUAGAUUACGCUGUGUUCAACCUGCAGAAGAAGGGCAACAUCAGCCAGUUCCUGCCCGUAAUGGUGUUCGACACUUUCCAGAGAAGCAUCAGUUUUACCCCAGAAUACCAGAAGAUGGUAUGGCCAGAGGGAGGGCCUCCGAAUGACAUGCCAAUAUGUGGCUUCCUUGGAGAACUCUGCCAGGAGACCCCGUACAACCUGGCGCUCGUGCUGGUCGGCACCAUCUCCUCUCUGGUCAUCGUGGGCUCCGUUGCCUACAUACUGUACCUCAUAGUGCAGAGACACCUCCUUCAGGGCGGCAAGGACUUCACGUGGUGGAAAAUUAACAUCGAGGAGAUCGUCAUGGUCAGCACAAGCAAGCAAGGGAACGCGGCGUCCUGCUCACUGCAAACUCCGCUGGAAAAUGGAAGCUACAAGUCAGGAGAACAACUCUCAAGCAACCAGAGCAAUGCUCACCAUGGAGUGCUCGGCAGGGAGAAGAUGUUCACGCCUCUCGGCAUCUACCAGGGAAACCAAGUCGCUCUCAAGUUUCUGCAGAGGACCCGACCUCCUGACCUCAAGAGCAAGACCUUGCUGAAGGAGCUGCAGAUGCUCCGGGAACUUCGUCAUGAGAACCUGGUGGUGUUUUUUGGCGUUUGCGUGGAGAUGCCCAACAUUUGUAUCGUGACGCAAUACUGCCGCAAGGGAAGCCUCAAGGAUGUGCUGAAGACUUCUGAUUUUGAGCUGGACUUGAUGUUCAAGACCUCCUUUGCUUAUGACAUUGUAAACGGCAUGAUAUUCCUGCACAAGAGUCCCAUAAAAUCCCACGGGAACCUCAAGCCGUCCACCUGCCUGCUGGACAGCCGCCUGCAGAUCAAGCUCACCGGCUUCGGCAUCUGGGAAUUCCGCCACGGGAAGAAGGGGAAGAUCAUGGACGUCAACAAUCAAGAGAAGCUGUUCUGGACAUCACCGGAGCUGCUCCGCAUGGAGAUCUUCCCGGUGAACGGCACCCCCAAGGGGGACGUGUUCAGCUUCGGCGUGCUCAUGCGCGAGAUGAUCUACCACGAGGACGAGGGGCCCUACGUCGGCGUCGAGAUGGAGCCCAAAGAAAUAAUCGACCAGGUGCGGGAGGGGAAAUGCUCGCCUCCUCUACGGCCCCUGCUCACGGAGCGCUGCGAGCCGCGCAUUCAGGCCCUGAUCCAGCGUUGCUGGGACGAAUCUCCCGACCGCCGGCCCGACUUCCACUCCAUCGCACGCAUGCUGCGCUCCGCCAGCCCUGAAGGACACAGGAGCAUUUUGGACAACAUGGUUUCAAAGUUGGAGAAGUACGCCAACCACCUGGAGGAGGUGGUGGAAGACCGCACGGCCCAGCUGGAGAGUGAGAAAAAGAAGACGGAUCGUCUGCUGUCCAGCCUGCUGCCGAGUGUUGUUGUGGAACAGCUGAAGGCCGGCAAGACCGUGCAGCCUGAGCACUUUGAGCAGGUGACCAUCUUCUUCUGCGACAUCGUGGGCUUCACGGCCAUGAGCGCCAUCAGCAGCCCACUGGAGGUCAUCACCCUCCUCAACGACCUCUACAACCUCCUCGAUGACAUCAUCAGGGAAUACGAUGUCUACAAGGUGGAGACCAUCGGGGACGCGUACAUGGUGGCGAGCGGCCUGCCCGUGCGCAACGGCGUGCGGCACGUGGAGGAGAUCUCCAUCAUGUCCCUGCACUUUCUGAGCUCCAUCAUAAACUUCCGCAUCCGCCACCUUCCCAAGGAACAGCUCAAAAUUCGCAUCGGCGUCAACAGCGGUUCGGUGGUGGCAGGAGUGGUGGGGAACACCAUGCCCAGGUACUGCCUCUUCGGAGACACCGUCAACGUGGCCUCACGCAUGGAGAGCACCGGUUACCCUCUGCGCAUCCACGUUUCUGAAUCAACCGCGGUUCUCUUGAAAUCGAUUGGAGGUUACGAACUGGUUGAGAGGGGAGCAAUCCAACUGAAGGGGAAAGGUAGCCAGCUGACGUACUGGCUGAACGGCAAGUUUGGGUUCCACAUGCCUCUACCAGACUUUGACUACAUGGAGGAAAUCAUGAGGAGCAAGAUCAGCAUUGACAGUAGCCAGAUUGUGGAGUCUAAAGCCGAGGAAGCGGUACGGGAGCUGGAAAAAUUCCAGCUGACGCAGAGAAUGCGUCCGCAGGGGAAGAGCGUGGAAGGGUGCACCACCGAAAAUACCCUUUCCUCCGCUGUGGCCACCACGGAUCAUGUGUGGGCAGCAACCCAGUAGGGUGCUGUCAAGUCCGAACGGAAUCAAUACUUUGUCAAUGGGUCAGCUACCAAUCGUCUUGUGUUGAGUGAGACUCAUCACUGAACAUUAGAACUCCUCUUACGCGUGGCCUUAUUGCACCUGUGACUCCUGUCAUCCGUGAGAUCUCUAGGACCUGGGAAAACUCGUGUAUUGUCCGUGCCUCGGUUGUUCCUGUUCGUUACAAUCACCCUGGGUGGUUUGUUCCCAUCCUGCGUUGAGGAAUGGAUUCCUAUUAGCCACACAUUUUUCAUGGAUAAGUGGAGCUCAUCGGCAAAUGAAUGCUAUUAUCUGUGAUUGUAAGUGGCUAAAUUCACGGAUAACAUCGCGGAUAACAGGAUCCAACGAUGUCCAUUCCCUACAGCACCGUGGAUUAGCACGGUCGGCUACAAACGGUGCGAAAGAAGUUCAAUAAACAUAUAUACGUGAAUAAGAGGAGUUCCACUGUAUUGAAUUCCUUAAUCUCUGUGAAAUAGUUAAUUAUAUUAAUGUGUUUUCAUAAUCCAGGAAAGCCUGCGUCUCAAGACCUUUUCAGAAGGGGGCCUGCGUUUUGGGUAUAUGCUAAUUCCUUUUUAGGGAGUGUUUCGCACGUGGAGGCAUAAAGAGAAUACAAUUACUCUUACACCUAAUUUUACAAAUAAAAUGGCCUCUUCACAGCGCUUCAUCAACAUAAUCUGUAUUUUAAGUGCAUGUACACAGUAGAUCCCCACGACAUCAUCAACCCUUUGAUUUACACGGGGCCCCUACUUGGGGCGACUGGAGUUUUUUUUUUUUGCACAAGAAGAGAGAGAGAGUAAACCGAAUGGCGCAGGCAAAACGCACACGUGUAGAGGGAAACACAAACAUGUCAGGCCAAAAAACGCACUCGCUGUGCUGCCUCGCGUGUAAGCCCCCCUCCUCCACCCCCUCCCAUUGCCCUCCAUUCUGGUGUCACGCACACCCAUCGUUGCCAUCCUGUUGCAUGAUCCACCUAUCCCACCUCCACGUCACUGAAAUGACAGCCAUAUGCCACGGAACGUGCCCUGAAAUAACGUUUAAUGCAAUUGCCUUCGAAUAAGCUUUAUUAUUGAAACGUAAUGCAUUAUAUUUUAUCACACGUCCAGCAGAGAGCAUAUACACCAAGUUACGUACUGUGCAUGUCGAAGAAUGGCUCCAUCCACAUGCAAAGUUCACACAUGCAAGAAGAUACACAGGUGUAAACAUACAGGAAUAUGCAAGCAUGCAUCUGCAUCUCGAUUUAUUAGAUCGUUUCAAGCAUACUAAUAAUACCAUUGUGUUCUGAUUCGAGACAGAAAAAUUGACCGUGUCAAACAGAGUGCAUAUUCCGGUAGCUUUUUCAGUAACUUAUUUCACAACUGACUGUGUCUGCAUAACGCAUAAAGGCACGGACGAUACAAUUACUUAAUCAAUUUUGGAUUCGUACAACAUCUAAACAAAUGCAUCGCAAGACGCCGCACAAAAACAGUUUGUUGCCACCCACAGGCCCCCAAAGAUUGACGAGGAAUUUUGGUGCAAUAAUUUCCGAGCAUGGCUGCACUUCGUAUGCUGCCCAUUCAUUUUAUUUAUUUUAAGAUAUUGUACAGUUGUGUGUAUGUUGACCAUACCAAACCACCACCAGCAUGACCAUACGGAUAUCAGUUGAACGAGAAGUAAAUGCUUACAGAUUAAUGCUGAUAACAAACGAGCUGUCCUGUGUUGGUGCAAUAAGACCCACUUCUAGCCUCAGUUAAGACAACAUUUCCCACGUACGUUGUGAUAUGUUUAAUGUCCUAAUAUAAAAAAACGCAUCGUUAGAUGCCUGAAUGUUGUGUACUGAGAGUGCAUGGUUCCAGUCCACUGUAAUUCAUCACAACCACGUGUUUGAAUUGAGGAUCUGGACCAUGAUCACAUUGUGAACCCAUCCAAAUGAAUCCACGUUUUUACCUGGAUAUGAUCUGGACUGGUCCUUCGAUCGGAUCCUGGAUCAUUUAGAACAGGAUUUACAUGUAUUGCAUAACAAUACAUGUUAUAAUAUGUUCACAAUUAAAUAGCAUACACAAAAAUACGUGAAGUUAUUUUGUUGCUGUCAAUUACCAAACAUUCCUUUAUUUAUAAAAACUAAAAAGUCUUGUGGAGUCUGCAUGCUUUUUUUCAAGAGAAAUUCUGCAUUGGACUAUUUUCCUAUUGCCAUCAAAACGAUGCAUAUUUUGCUUCACGCGGGAGGAGGAAACCGACCGUGCUCGAGGCGGGAUAACGCGCACAAGCUUUGAGAGGG